AUGGCUCAGAGGCAGCUUUUGUUAGAAACGCCUAAGGCAUUGGUCUAUACUAAGCUUCAGGUGCUCAAACGGCUACCACAGGGUAAUAUCCUCUCACCCAAUCCCAUUGCCAGUUUGGAAGUGGAGUACUAUAGAGAUGUGCCUAUACGACAUGCGUACGCGUCUUUGUUCCGCCAUUUUGUGAGAUUGAAGCCACUUGUCUCAUCUAGAAAAGAUAUCCGAGAGCUUUACGUGCGAUUUGUCAAACUGAGAUUUGUUGAGGACUAUAACCUGCGAAGGUUACUGGUGCUUGGUGAUUCCUCAUUGCCUGCUCUACAGAGGGAAGAGAUCCUGGACCGGGCGAUAAGGACUUUGAAGUUUUGCGUCAACGCAUGGAUUGCUGAAGAAAGGACCACCGAAGGUGUUAUUCUGAAAAAUAUACUGGACUAUCAGUUCACGGAAACACAGGCCAAAGGAGUGGGUGGUGCUAAUGUUCUCUCUGCGGACAAGUUUCGGGCGGGUUACAAUCUCGAGAGACAAAUGAUGAGAUUCGAUCUGGAGGCUCGAGGAUUCUCUAAACAAGAGGUUGAAGAUGCCCUAGAACGAGAACGGAAGAGUCUUCCGGUGGAGUAUUACAAUUGGUUGCUUGAAGCAGACGAUACGGAAAGAGAGCUGAGUGAAAGGCGACGGGUGCAAAAGGAACGGAAACAAAAUAAGGGCGAUAUACUUGUAAAACUUCAUAAUUUGGGAAAACGGGAGUUCGAAAAAUGCUUGGUGAUGAUGAACGAGACCACUGGUUUGCUAUUAUGA